ACUAGCUUCAUGGUUCGCAUGGAUGAAUAUAUGUGUUGUGCAUAUUCCAGCCUACUUACUUAAAAUACCUAAAAUAUUACUUAAAUAAUUUCACCGGUAGCCUUUUACGGUAACCAUGGUAACCGCACCGUUUGCAAAUAGACUACAGCAAAUAGAAGUGAGCGUGAACAUGAGUGACUGUGACAUCUCCAUCAGCUCCUCUUUAAGAACAGAGAGACGGUCGACGCCAGACAUUUUGACGUCUGGCACCGACCGCAGGUUCCUUCGGUCCCUGUUUGACGUUAUUGAGCAUGAGAAACGGUCCCUGCAGUGUCCGGAACACGGUCCGGACGAACUGCGGUACAUCAUCUACCGCUCCGCGUUCAAUAAGGUGAUCGCACGGUCGGCGGCCUACGCGAGGCUUCUGUUGACCAUCAAAGCUGAAUACGACGAUUCCAUCAGGGAGAUGAAGCGAAGGCAGGAAGCCAGGAACACACAAGGAACUCUGGCCACUCUGAGGUCGCAUCCAGAGCCGCUGGAAACGUGCCGGAGACGAGCCGCCCAGCUGAGCCUGAGGAUCUCGGCCCUUCACAGAGAAACGGCUGAACAUGAAGAGCAGAUCCAGAGAUGCGUGUCAUCAAGGGAGCGAAGCACAUGGAUUCCAGGUUUGACAGUGGCUGAGUGUGAAGAUGCUGAGGCUCUGGACGUGCAUCUGGAGCUGCUCCAGGCACAGAGACAGGCUCUGCUGGACAGAAAGCGCCACUGUGUCCCUCAGGAGGUCAAAGCUGUGCUGGACGCCAAGCUGCAGGCAGCAGAGAAGCACAGAGAGCAGCUGGGCAGCGAGAACCACUGUCUGAUGGCUCUAUACCAGCGCCUGAGGUUUGUAUGUGACCGUCUGUCCAGCUGGGAGGAGGAGGGGCAGCAGGUUCCCUUGGAGGAGCUCCUGGGUUCCACGCUGCAGAACAUGAGCCCAGCCAGCGUGAAGGGCGAUAAUGAGCGGGGAAGCACUGCUGGUCUGUUUGAGGACGAGGAGCCGAGCGGAGGCGAUGGCUUGAGGCUCCUGAGUGAUUACCUGCACAGGUUCUCUGAGCUCUUUGAUUCGGCUCAGUUUGAGGACGCCGCUCUCCUCGCUGCCAGAUCUCCUCAAGGAGUCCUGAGGAACCUGGACACCAUGGAGAUGUUCAGAGGGGUGGAGGGCUCCCUGGGCUCGCCCCCCCCUCUCCUGUAUUUUUCCCAGGCCUUACUGAUCAACACCCCGGCCGGGACCGAGCUGGCGGCUCCUCUUUCUGUCCAGGUGGUCCGUUGUGCUCUGCAGUGCGAUGCCUCAGAGCUCGUCUCCCACGCUGUCACCCACAGCAAACUAACCUUCUCUGAAGACCUGGGUGACAUCCUGACUGAGCACGCUCAGAAGAAUCCCACCGUGGAUGACUUGUUUCUGGCGCUGGCCACCACUGUCUACGAGGCCUGCGGACUGCACAGGAAGAGUGCACUGAGCAUGUGCACGAGGGGCCUGAUUCACAGUGCAGCUGAGUUCCUGAACCACUGCAAAGACCUCACAGUUGAGGACUGUCUGUGGAUCGUGCGCCGCUCACCCAGCCUUGCCCUUGUCCAGCUGUUGACGAGGCCUGAGCAGGGCCGGGCAGCAAUGUUGUCGGCCGGUGACGUCUGUUCCUCUCUGCUGCGUGAUGCUCAGCUGCAGAACUUGGGCCUGCAGCUCCUGGACAGCUUCUUCAGCAAAGAGGUAUUGGAGGAGGUGAUGCUGAAGGAUUGCAGAUCUUCUGUCGACGUUUGGACCGAUGUGUCGUUUCUGUGCUCCGGCCUGAAACGACCUGAUCUGAGCCAAGGCAUUCUGUCCAUUCUGCUGGACCAGAGCGGCACCGGAGUCCGGUGUCCUGAUCUAGAGGGGGCUCAGCUCAUGGAACAUGUCUUCCUGUGAAACCAGAACCUCGGGUGGAUUAAUCACAGAAUAGUUGGUCCAAAACCAGUUAAAAGCUUUUCUCUUUGUGACUGGAGAUGGCUCUGCUGCAUUUACUCUGUGGACUGACCGUGUCAGGACCAGCCGUUGGCAGUUCUCCGUCAGGUCCAGUAGGCAGCAGCAUCUGCCCAGUGCUCCAUCUGUGACGAGGCUGAGGACAGGUUAGAUGAUGUCAGGCUCCUCCAGUGACCUAAGGUUUAAUCCCAGAUGUCCAGUGAGUAAUGACUUCAUGACCGUAGUGCGUAUGAUUGCAGUAGGUCUAUACUUUCAUUGUGAAAUGAGGGUGAAUUGAUGGUUCAGAGCUGAUGCUGCGCCUUCAUCUCUUGAUGCUGGUAAACAGUUGGCCCUUUGUGGCUGCAGCCAUUAGACCAGUGGGAGUGUGUUUGUUCACUGUGUGUGGCUCAGACAUAAAGGCUCCUCUGUUUAAUGUGACUCUGUGCUAAUAGAUACACAACAAGAACAUGACCAGAACAAUAUGACAAAGGCCCCUUAAGGUGGAAUGGAAUAAAAUGGAAGGAAACACUCUGCAAAAGCUCUAAACUAAAACAAACCUCACACGACCGUACACAAAGCAAUUUCAUUAAUUAUUAUAUUUAAUUUAAUAUGAAGCGAAAUUACAGCCAGCUGCUGAAAACCAGCUGAAAACCUGGAAGAAGUACGGGACAACGGGGGAAGGAACCCCAGGGCCAUGCAGCCCAGCUUGACCGGUGGGGGAGAUUUCCAGGAGCACGGCCGCUGGCUGUCAGUGUGUCUACUGGACAGCCAAUUUAUGGGUUGUUUAGUGUAACUAUUUCUUUUGAGUAGAAGCUGUUUUUUAAUUUUAAUUUUAUUUUUGUCUGUGUCUUGAGAGACCUGAAAUGUCUGAUUGAAGGUAGCAUUUCCAUCCAAUGGUGCCCAGGGUGAGAUGGGUCCUCCCAGAUAUUUUGGACUUUCUCGAGACAGCAGGAGUUAUAAAGUUCCUCCAGAGAGGGGAGAGAGCAGCCAAUGAUUUCCUUGGCAGAGGUGAUGAUCCUGUGCAGUGCCUUUUUCUCCGCUACUGUACAGCUGGCAAACCAGACACGUACAAUAAGUCAGGUUACUUUCUAUGGAGCACCAAUAGAAAGACACAAGCAGUUUUUGUGUGAGUUGGUAUGGUCUUAAGCUGCUGAAUAUUAUGGCCACCUGUGUCAUCGAUGUGAUCGAUUAGUGCUGUCUGCGUAUGCAAGGAAAACCAAUGGUGGACAGAGCACUUGUGCUUCAGCAGACUGGCUCCGCCCCCUCUCAAACCGGAUCCGCCCCCUCUCAAACUGGCCCCGCAUACUGCAAGUGAUAGGUUGAGUAAAGGGGACAUUGAUAGAACAAAAGAGUUCCAAAGAAUAAUAGUUAUUAAAAGGUUAUAAAUUCAUCCCUAGAAUAGUGCAUUUUUCUGACAAUCUAAGUGAAAGUCGGAGACCUGGGUUUGUACUGAACAACAACUGAAUUCAAUUCGGAUCCAGCAUGGUCCGUUCCUUGUAGAAUGCAGCUGGGAAACCAUCUGACCCUGGAGCGUUUUUAUUUGUCUUUUGCAGAAAUCUAAGGUGGAUCCAAGACGGAUCUAAGGUGGAUCUUAGACAAAUCUAAGACGAUUCUAAGGUGGAACUAAGACAAAUCUAAGACGAAUCUAAGGUGGAACUAAGACAAAUCUAAGACGAAUCUAAGGUGGAACUAAGACAAAUCUAAGACGAAUCUAAGGUGGAUCUAAGACAAAUCUAAGAUGAAUCUAAGGUGGAUCUAAGACAAAUAAAAGGUGGAUCUAAUACGAAUCUAAGGUGGAUCUAAGAAAAUCUAAGACAAAUUCAAGGUGGAGCUAAGACAAAUCUAAGACGAAUCUAAGGUGGAUCUAAGAUGGAUCUAAGACAGAACUAGGACAGAUGUAAAGUGGAUUCCCUGAUCACUGAGGAUUUGUUUAUUAGUUUUAGACCUAUUUCCCUCUGAAAAGCCUGGACGUUAUUAGUGUCAAAACACGCACAGGCCUGGUUGUGUCUCUGGUGGCAGAGCUGGGAGGAGACCUGCAGCGUUUUGGACUUUCUCUACUGAUGAGUAUUUAUAACACACAGACACAUGUUGUCCUCCCCAUUGAGUGACAGGAAUGAACAUCUGUUGUGUCUGUAUUGAUUCCAGUUCAUAUUUCCAUGGAUUAAAAGUGUUGCUGCUAGCAAGAUGGAAAAUAUUCUGCAGAGCCACCCCACAGGAUAAUGAUGGGAAAUAUUUCUGAUCUGAGGAGAUGUGUAGUUAGUGUUGCAAGAUUUAUAUGUGAGGAUCAAGAAUAAACAAGGGGGGUGUUUUUAUUUAGGCAAAAUCCGAAGAGAUUGAGUUGGAAUGUAAUGUACACAAGGCUGUGUCAUGAUUUGGGUUUUUGUUUCUAGUUGUUUCCUGUUGUCACGCCAUGUCCUGUUUUAUUUUGUUGACUUCCUGUUAUCAGUUCAGUUGUUCACUCCCUAGUUCAUUCACCUCACCUGUCUGUAAUCAGUAAUCAAGUCACUGUGUAUUUAACCACCACCUGGGCCCUUAGUUCGCCGCCAGAUUGUCGAGUUUCCUGAGUGUCCUCGUUCCAGUGUUUCGUGUCCGUGGUCCUCGUGUAUUGUUCCUGUUUGCUUUGACUGUUGUUUCCUGCCUGAACCUGGACUAACCAACUGACCGUGAGUUCGCUUAAUCCCUGCCUGUACCUUUGCCGAGACCUCCUGUGUAACGAACCCUGCUUGAAUACCGGACUAGAGAUUGCCUGCUACCUUUGUACUUCUUUACUGAGCCUUUUGUGUAUGACCUGGACCGUCUGACCCUGCCUUGCAAAAUAAACCUGCGUUUAACUCUCA